AUGGCGUCUCUCACUUCUCCCCAUUCCCAUCUCACCAGUGUGGGUCGAAGACCUGAUCACAACGGAGAAUUAGAAUUUCACACUCUCGACAGCAUCCUAUCCUUCCUCUCUGAAUGUCAGAACUUUCCUCACCUGCGCAAUUAUUCCUCCCUCCGCAUCGAGAAUGUGGAAUUCCAGAAUAUCGGGCAGCUGGAGACCUUGAUUCUGGGAGACGGACUUAGGACUUUUGAUAGUCUUUGCACAGUGUCAUUACACAUGAUAACUAUUGUCGACAAGUCCGCAUGCUCUCAGCUUUGGUCGUACUCCAAAUUCAAUAUCGGCCAUCUCAUUGUUACGUCGACAAAUAUUGAUCUGUGGUUAUGGUCAUAUAUCCUGGCACACUUUCAAUACAUCAAUAUUACCCGCACACGCACUGGACGCAUCGGUUCUAUAACUAAAGACCCUAGUAAAAAUUUGGACGUCCUAUUCAUGGUUGAAGAUUUUUCUAUCAUCGAUAUCAAAAGUCGAACCUGA